AUGACAUUUUCAAACAGUGUUGGAAAUAUUUAUAGCACAUAAAUAGUGAAAUUUCAGGCACAUGUGAUGUAAAGGUUGAAAGUUUGAGUCUGUAAUUCAGAGUUUCCCGUAGUCUGCUACACUAUUUUUGCCCCUUUGAGUUUUAAGUGUGAAAGAUGGAAUAUCCAUCAAUUGACCAAUCAGAGAGAAGAAUCAAGAAUCAGUGACGUCAGCCCGACCUCGAGAAUACACGGAUAUUGCUUGAUUUCCUGGCUUGUAACGAUACGUGUCAAUACAAUCCUUUCCAGGUCCCCCACUCCCUUGGUCAAUGUUGUCAUCUCAAGUUGGAGCAUAGACCGCGCACUGAGACCCAACAUUGAGAGGGGGCUGGGGGGGGAACAACUUGGCCAUGAUUGUAGCUGUACUAGUCAGUGACAGGUCCUAGUCUGAGUAAUUGGGACUCUACAAAUCGCCUUUUUAAACAUUUGGACGUGGUCGGGCGAUAGUGCAGUCCAAUACUUCUUCCAUUAGGGCCUAAUUCAUUUCACCUCCAAAAUGGCUUGUGUGUUGUCGUACCCCAGAUCGAAAUCCUCCGAAUUCACCUCCAAAAUGGUCCUUAAAAUGUUGAUGUCUAAUCAUUGCUAUUGGGCACCAAUUUUGUUCAAGUGGGCAUAGGGAUCCUACCAUUGCCCUAGGAAUCCUUUUAAUACCUUAAUUGGAUUCAGCAGAAGAAACACGCUAGACUGCCGUUUAAAAAACAAUUCUGCCAUUUACUUCUGGGAUUAAAAGAGGAGUCUGCAUGGCUCCCAGGUUAUCACUAGCAUAGGGCCUUGAGAUUAGUUUUAUAAAAACAGAAUGAAAAAGUUGAAACUUUCUGUACAUUUUGUAAAUUCUGACAAAUUUUAAUAAAAGAUGUAAUUUUUACUCAUGUUGUCUGUAGUGUGUAGAUUUUCUUAAUCCCCUAAUCCUACAGAUAAGGAUGCGUACAAUUUACAGACGUUGAGUUGGCUUCUUGAAACUGAUCAGCGGUAUUUCAGCAGUUAGAAAGUGCUUGACUAAUCACCAUGGCAACAGCUCAGCCAGGUGCCGAUUCAGGCUACCGUUGGGAAACCAUCACAAAUGCUCUUAUCAAGCGUGUGUUCUCAUCUGUCAUCGCAGUCAGUGGUCAGCUGUUUCUUAUCGGUGGCUCAGAUGCCCAGGGCAAAGGCACAGAUGACUUCCACUGUUAUAACCCAAAGAACAAGAAGUGGACACGUCUCUGCAACAUCCCUACAGCAAGGGCAGGAACUGCUGUGGUUGCUGUUGGGACAACCAUCUUUGUCCUUGGUGGUGUUGGAGUAGAUGCCAUCCCUGUUGAUGUGGUAGAGUCAUUCGAUGUUAGCAAUAAGAAAGGACAGUGGAACAAAGACAUCAAACCGCUUGCUGACCGGAUACAAGGGUUGUCAGCUGUAGCGUACAAUGGCAAAGUCUUGGUUGUCGGAGGAAUGAAGCCUGAUACGACACCUUGUGAGAAAUGCAAUGUCUUGGAUCCAGAGAAGAAGCUGUGGUUAAGCCUACCUGAUCUGCCCACUCCUCGCUAUGCCAUGGGCACUUUCCUCAAGGGAGAUAAGCUGUAUCUAGUAGGUGGACGAAUUGCCAAGAAUAUCUGCCCAGCCGUUGAAGUAUUAGACAUUGUUGAGAGACAGUGGACAAGUCUACAGCCAGUCCCUACCAAGCGUGCCUUCCCCUGCAAUGUAUCCAUAGGCAGAUAUAUCUAUUGCAUCGGUGGUCUCAAGGAGAAUCCUAAGGAUGGAUUCUACAAAGUGGUGGAGGAGUAUGACAUUGAGAAAGAUGAGUGGAAGGAAAUGGAACCUAUGCAGUAUGAGAGAGGAGAUUUCACAGCUGAAGUCGUUGGUGACAAGGUGAUAGUUGUCGGAGGCAUGGGGCACAGUAAAGAGCCUCACAGGAAUGGUGAAGUCUUAGACCCAGAGACCAAGACGUGGAGUGCACUACCUCCUUGCCCAACCUCCCGCAGUUCUUCCACCAGCACCAUGAUGGAUGGUAAACUCUAUAUCCUAGGGGGUAUGACACCCAAUGGUCUCACACUAGCUGUGGAUGUACUUAGCAUUAAGGAGCAAAGUACAGGUAGUCAGAGUGCCACCAGACAUACUGGCAAAAGGCGUUGAAAACAAAUUGAUUGAAGUCAUAUGAAUAGGUUAGAUCAGUUCAAGGAGAUUUAUCCAUGUUUGCUGUGUGUGUGUGGUUUACAGACUGCCGAACAACUCAAACUGGUUUUCUCAGCAGGUUGGUAGUCAAAAAUUGCUGAAAAAAGCCAGAUAAGACAAGAAACUUACUGAGUUAAACCAGCCUUGGUGCCCCCCCCCCAAUUCUGAUGACCUGUGAAAGGUUUUGGAAGAAAUUAUUUCAUAGACACAUCAGUAUUCAGAGGUAGGGACAUCCAUAGCCCCUCCAGCAGCAACAUAUUAAAUGAAUAAUGACAUUUUUCUGUCAAGAGUGUUUUUGUAAAAUAAUGCCUUGAUGGCUUCCUUGUAGGUAAUCACUAAAAUUUCAAAGAUAUUUUGGAAUUGAUUUUAGAAAUGGUAAUAUUGUUUGGGUUUUAAUGUAGUGUUAUUUUACCAUUUUGGAUACAUGUACUUAGAAUUCAUCAUUUUAUGUACUUGAACAACUAGUUUGAUAUUUAUAUUCCCUAAACACGUUGGUUCACCAUGAUGCGUGUGCCUUUUUUUUCAAAAAUCCUCUUCCCUGCAUCAAGACCUUUCAAACUUUGUGAAACUUAAGCUUUACAAAUGUGUGAGAGAGAGAUGUCAGCUUUCAGGCAGGCGCCUGAUUUCAGGUUUUUAUUGGAAAUGUUGAGCUUAUGUAAGGCCUUAAGGUAUAUUUCAGUUUAUCUGACCUUUUCAGUCUUAGGACAAGAACCUGACAGGCAAUCCUGCUGAGGUGCCCAGGGUAAUGACAUACAUCCAUUUGAUGAUGUAUGAAGAGCGGCUUAGGGGGUUUAUUCGUCAUUUCCCCCUUCCACUUAUUAGUUCAAGGAUUUGAAGUGAAUUCUUUAAACAAAAUCAGAAACAUUGUGAAUUCCUCAUCUCAAAUUCUCAAGCAUGUACAUGUAUAUCUACAUCCUUGGCCUAGGCUCCCGUAGUGCAUCAAUACAAGGGACAGAAACCUUACCUGCAGUCCUAUUUUGCAGUGAAGUUACCAACUCAAACUCUCCUUUUGAGAUUGGGGCAUUUAAAGGACAAUAUAUAUUUCUCAAACUCUGAAUAGGACAUUACCACACCUGCUGGUUACAAGAGUGUGCUUACUUCUUUUCAGCAAAAGACAGAAUUUUGCUUCAGUGAAAAUGGUUUCAUUGAAAUAUAAUGAACAGUUAGUAUGAGACUGUGUUGGUAUAUUCCAAGUCUGAAAUGAUAUCAAGUGUUGCGCAUAGUGUGCAAUUCACAGAAAUGAAGUUAGAACACAAUAAAUCAUUUAAUAUAAAGCACAGUAGACUUGCCAACCUCUGAUAUCACAAAACUGUAUUCUGAAAAUCCACAAGUUGUGUUUUUCAUUAAGAAAUCCAUUAUCAAGUUUUGUGGAGUGAGUUGGCCCUUUUCCCACCUGAUUCAACCACGUUUUCAAAUUGUGAAUUCUUUGUUAUAAAGAAUGCUUAUUGCAUGCCUGGGCUUUUGGAUUUUCUGGGCAUGAAUUUCAGUCUUCUGUCUGUCUCCAUCCCCUUCUGUGGAUUUGUAACGCGAUGACUGGUCUUCUCAAAGUUUGAAUCCAAGUGAGAGCUUCUUUGAACAAUUUAUACACUUGUGUUGCAUUGACAUUUUGUGCAGUGUAUAUAUAUCCAAAAAUUGAAGUCUCCAUGAAAUCUGGUACAGAAUGAUACACGUAAAGCAUGUAAAAACUGUGCGAUUAAAAAUGACUGCACAACUUUACUGCACUACUCGUAUGUUUUACUCCCAUUCGAUGUGUGGAAAUUAACGACUUUGACCGUGCGUGGCGGUUACUUGACCGGAUUCUUGUGAACCAUAAGGAAUUGUACUUAGCAACCUGCCAAUCCUCAGUUGAGCCUUCUCGGUUUGAAGACUUUGUUUGGACAAAAUUAACAAACGAUCCCAUUGAACCCUUUGUAUGUGCUUUAGAAGGCUUUAAACGAAUAAAAUACCAUAGAAUCGUGAAACGAAAUGCUACACAAAUAUGAAAUUUAGCCUCAAAGUGGUUGCUAAGAUGAUAAACUAUUUCCAUUUUCAAUCAAUCAAUCUCUUGGUCUUUUUUCCACUAAAUUUCUCAAUUUUAGAAGUUUCCCAGAACAGUGAGACAGUGCAUACGACUGGCCAGAUUCUCAACUAGAUUGUUCUGUUUGACAUUCAUGAGUUGUUUCUGACACUUCUGCACAGCGUGAUCUAUGUGUUUUACAUGCACAAAACUGAUCCAGCCAUGUACCGCGUACCGUUACAAGCGUACUGACGUACAUGUACAUGGAAAUUAUGCGUCGCAGCAAGGUUCAUGUUCAUGUGGUUCAUGCAUGUGUUGUACAUGUAAAACUUGGGAUAGAUACCCUGAAUUGUAUCAUUUCCCUGGCAACGUUAUAAUGACAGAUACACCUCGGUUUCAAUAAUAAACUUCAUGUUAACUUACUGUAGUGUUGCAUUCGUCUUUCGGUCCCGAGUCACUGAAUUCUUACACUCGCAAGGCUGUAAGAUUAUGCGGAAUAAUUGAGGCUGAAUUAGGUCGAUAGCGCUUGCUGUCAGGAAGAGAAAAAAAUCUAGUGGAAAACUUUCAGUAAAUCUAAAACCUUCACACCUUUCUCCACUACAGCCCACUUUUUUUAACAACUUCAGGAAAUCCAUGAAUGUUUGUUUUGAGCCUUCAAAAAUCUCAUCAAAUGCAAACAAAUUACCGCUUACGAUAAGAGCUUUCACAAAAUCACUAGUUUUGACCACUCUGGUAUCGUUUCUCAAUUUUAUUUUCACAAAACAUGUUAGGAAAAAGCCUUAUCUUACUAUGAAACUAUUUGUGGGCAGGAAUUUUUAUUUCCAAAAAGUGGAAAUAAGAUGUAAAUUUCAUGAAAUGAAGCAGCUGCAUGACUGGCAAGAAUUCUCAUGGUCCUCAUUACGUAUGUAAAUGACCUUAAAAAUGGGACAUGGGUAGUUAAUAAUUUCCCUCUGAAACAUACGUGACUAGUUGUCAUGAAGCCCUCUAUCCAGAAAACUAAAAUUCACUAACCUAAUUUACGAUGGAAUUCAUGCUAUCACGCAUUAUAAUGGAGAUUGUUAGUCACUAUUUCCUCUGACACAGGAAUGGCUGAAACAAGUUCCACUGACACAACAUGAAUAUUGAUAUUUUACUGGCAGCCAAUCACAGCACAACGAUGGCAGGGUUCCAGGAUGGUAUUUGCACACGAAGCUAGCACUUCAAGCUGCAACAAAUAAUGCCCACUUCAAUACUGUUUGCAUGUACAUGUGUAUAUGUACAGAUAUUUCAGUCGCAUGCAUUAUAUUGCAUUCCAUCCAGUAGUGUUUUCGCACCCAGUCUUUCAGAGAUCGCUGCAAAAAACUUCAUUUUACAAUCUGCUUUUGCAACUGAUUUUUGAGGAUCAUGUAAACUCGCAACAGUUAAUUCAGGAUAUUUUCAGGCGUGUCAAAAUGGCUAAAACCUGUAUUUUAUGGGGGAGAAAAGGUACAGUUGUAUUUUCAAUUAAAUUCCCGUAGAAAAUAUGGCAAAAUCGUACUAGUUGGCAGGUCUGGCAAAGUAAACGAUAAGGAUACAAGUACAUGAUAUGGAAGUCUGCAAAUUGUUUUUUUUUCUAUUAAUGUGCACGCAAUGCACAUACAACACCUAACCCAAAGAGUCUGUAUAUGACUGACCAAGAGCUAAUUAUGGUUUCUGCUAUCUUUAGUACCUUGUGCAUAGUACUAUAUUUAGUACCUUGUGCAUAGUACUAUAUUUAGUACCUUGUGCAUAGUACUAUUCCCACAGCAACAAAGUGCUAUGCCUUUAGCAAGCAAAGUAGGCAAAGUGCUAUAAGCAUGACCACAGAAUUUGUGUGCAAAUGCAUACUAUUUGCACCAUUGAAUGUUGUGCAUAUUCCUAAGAGCUAUUACAGAGUUGGGUUGAACAUUACACAAAGAGGUAGUUUGGAAAAAUGCCUGCAAAUCUCCAACAAAUUGUGUAUUCAAAUGAAAGUACAUUUUGAUUGGAAACUGGAAACUGUUUCAUCCUUCAAAAAAAAAUUAUUUAUUUGCAAUCUAAAUUUGAAAUGUCCUUAUAUCAUUGGUCAUUGUUAUCCUUAGCGCCAUGAUUUAGAUGGAAUGGUGCUAUAGAAAUCCUGUGUUAUUAUUAUUACUGUAUUUGAGUUGAAUCAAUCAGUUAUCUCUGAAAUCAAAGAAAAUCUAUUUGUGGGAGAGGUGUUAUAAGUAGUGACCACUCCCUCCUGUAGAUUCACAUGUUGAAUGAGUCUGCAGCCUUGUUGAAGUUUGUUUGCAUGAACACAGUGUACAUGUAUAUUUGAAGUGAAAGCAUGGAACAUGUAGAUAUAGUGAAAUAUACGUUGUAUGGCUAUCAUAAGAGAAUUCAUAAAAACCUUUGAAAUCAUCUAGUGUUACUUGGUGGAAAUGCGAUGAAUAUAUUCAGUAUUUGAUUUACAUGGAUAUAGGCAUCCAUAGAAUUCUACUACAGAAAGUGUGACCAGGAUCAUCCAUCGUUAUCAAACCAAUGGUGAUAGUCAGACCCGGGUGAAUCGAAGAAGGCAUAUGUGACCUGUCACAACAAACUGAGAGUAAAGUCACAUCCCGCUUUUUCCUGUUUUUGGGGUUCAAAGUCAUAAGUGGAGGUCAAUUUUUGUGGUUUUUAAUAUUUGGGAAAAGUAGCCCGUCUCCUGUUUAAUUCCCAAUAUUUUACUGGAUCAUAUAAUAUUUACAAAUUUUCUCAGCAAUUUCGACUAUAGCAUUAUUCGUGCCUGGUCUGAAAUGUUGAAACAA